CAUUAAACUUGAUCAAAGUGGCCGUAAGUAUCGGUCAUGGCAUUAAACUUUUACGAUAAAUGUAGAAUUAUAGCCACAUUUUUUAUCAAUAGUUACAAACAAUAGACAUGCUAAAAUUAUUCUUGUUUUUACGUAAACUUUGUUACAAUUAUAGAACAUGAUAAUAAUAACAAUUAUAACAGAAAACUUUUGGUAAUCUAUAUUGUACUCGAACAGAAGAAAAAUAAAAACAUCUAAAGCGUGGCGCUGUGAACACUGAUGCAUCUAGUAACAUGUAUUUAAGUAAACAGAAAAUUUUUUAUCCCUACAAUUCCGACGUUAGUAGGAACAAAAAGACAAUUGAGACUUAAAUUUUUGUUAAUAUUAUUUAGAAUUGAAAGUGUUUAUGCGUUGUCAGUUUAUGUAAAAUAUGUUUGAAAGUGAAGAUUGGAAUUUUGAUGAGGAAUUUCUGCAAGAUAUAGAUGAUAAAGCAUUAAAGUUCUUUUCACAUCUAGAAAAUGAGGAAAUAGAUUUACCUGUAAAAAAACGCAAAUUAAGCAUAAAUGAUAAUACUAUUACUUCACCUAAUAAGAUCAAUAAGCAACAAAGUAUAACAAACAAUAACAAUGAAGAUUCCGAUGAAGUUGAUAUAGGUUAUACGUCAAGACAAAAUUUUGUGUUAGAUUUAUUUCAACAAACUUCGGAAAAAAAAGAUGAUUCUAAAAGUAAAUAUAAAAAUCAAAAAUUAUAUAGUAGAGUAAAAUCAUGCACCGAAAAUACUUCACAAAAAAAUACUAUUUUUCAAGAACUGAAUGUAUCUAAAUUAGAAAAUGAUUUAAAUGUACAAAAAUUGAGAAAGAAUAUAGUACUUGACAUUCUUAAAAAAAAAAAUGUCAAAAAUUUAUCAGAUAAUAAUAAUAAAAUUUCUUCUAAUAAACUUACACAUAUUCAUCAAAGUCAGAAGAUUAUAAUUAGUGAGAAAAGUAAAGUUGAAUAUAAUAACUCAUUAAAGAAAUCAAAUUCUUGUCCACUAACAUCAUAUGGAUCACCCUUCUUCUAUAAAAAUGAAACACUUACUAAUAAUGCAAUUUCUGACAUAAAAAAUUGUAAUCAAAAGUCAAUUAUAAGUAAAGAUCAUGACAAAAAACAAAAAAAAUUGAUACAAACAACAUCUAAAAAUUUGCAGCAACCAGUAAGCAAGAAUAUUAAUGAUAAUAUGCAAGGUAUAUCUACAGAUUCAAGAAAAUAUUUAUUGAUACAACAUUUAAAACAUUUUACUUCAUUUAAUGAAAGAUUAGAUAAUAUAAAGCAUUCAUCUUUUAUAUUUAAAAUGGAGAAGCAGUCAAACAAGAGAACAACUCUCGUAAGAAAAUUUCCAGGACCAGCUGGAUUACUACCAGAUAUCAUUGACACUUCAAAACUUUCAUCAUAUUUAAAAAAUCUAGAAGACAAGAAAAUUGAAGGCAUACAAAGUCAGAAGAAUACUAGUUUAAUAGAGUAUUGUUCCCAGAAUACAAAAACUUUGUUUUCAGAAGGUGCUUGGCAAAUAAUGCUAAAUGAUUUACCUACAGAAUUCUUAAAAAAUUAUGAAAUUGAACAAAUUAAGAAAAUAGCUAGUGCAAACCAACAUCAGUGUAUCAAAAUACCAUUUCUUGCAGGUAUAAUAGAAAGUAUAGAUUACAGUCAUGAAAAUCCUUCUAUUGUGUUGAAAGACUUUACAGAUAAAAUUGAAGGAACAAUACAUGCAGAUAUUCCUGCAAAAUAUCCUGGCACUUUAGAGAAAAAUGUUGUAAUUUUAUUACAAAAUGUAGGAUUAUUAUGUAUUUCAGGGACGUUUAUUAUUCAUAAAUAUCAUAUUCUAAUUUCGCCUUCAAAUUUAUUAGCAAUUUAUUCUUAUACAGGAGAUAUUAUACAUACACUACAUAUGCAAUUUUUAAAGAAAGAAUUCUGCAUAAUUGAAUCUAAAACAUCAAAUUUAAAUAGACUUCAAAAUGAUAAUUAUAAUAUAAAAGAAAAAAAUUUAGAUAGUUCAUAUAUUCAUCAAGAAGAUAAUUCAUUCUCUAAGAAAAAUUAUAGCAAAACUUAUAGAAAUUUCAACCAAUCAAAUAAUUCUGAUAUUGAUCCAGGCACAUUUCUAUUUUCUAUGGAUUUAAAUGGAGUUAAUAAUUCUCAGAAUCAGAAAAAUUUCAACAAAUUAAAAUUAUCAACAAAUUUAUUUGAAGAAGAGAAAAAUACAAACUUAAAAGAUAGGAUUAUAGUAAAAGAAAACAAGGAAAAUAUACAUAAUAAUGAAACUACAUCUCUACAAGUCUCAACAGAUACGUCUUUAAAAUAUCUUCAAAAUCAAGAUAUAAAUCGUAGUGAUAAAAGAGAAAAUAAUAAUAAAAAUCAGAAUGUAUCGAUAAAAUCAAGACUUUCUAUUUUUAAAUGCAGAGAUGUUGUAACACCAAUAGAAUUAAUUUUUAGACAUGAGAAUUUACAUACUAAAGCAAUAUUACAAAAUAAUAAAAAUAAAUCUAAUGAUAAACAAACACUAUCAGUGGAUAGAAAUUGGACUGAAAAUAUAUUACACAAUAACAAUAAUGAUUCUGAUGAUGAAAUGUUAUCACAAUUAGAUGUAGACAGUAUAGCUAGUUAUUAUGAUCAAAAAAGUUAAGUGCCUAUUCUUUAAAUUAAUUCUUUCUCAGGUAUCAUAUUCAUUUUAAAAGAAUAAGUUAGUAACCUACAUCAAAAUUUAAGAAAUAUAAUUAUAAAUUUAUAUUUUAUAAAUCUAUAUAAACUUAUAAAUAUGAUCAUUUUUAUAUUUUUUAUGUAUAUAUUUAAAAUAGUUCAUAAUAAUAUUUAAAUAUCUUUAGUUUACGUGUGUAUUAAAUUUUUUCUAUUGAUUAGUAUUGUGAUUAUAAAUAAUAUUCUCGUAAACUGCCACUUAAGAAAUGAUCGAAAUUAUGUUAUUAUAUUACAUAUUUAUUACGUUGCUUUCACUAAUAAUGUAUUUAAAAGGAAAUUAAGAAAAGAAUGAUAUUAGGUUAUCAACAUUAUCAUUUUAUAAUUUUUCAUUGUAUAGUUGCAUAUAUAGAUGUAAGUUAUUGAUUUUAUACUUGUAUACAAAAGAAAGAGCAUUGAAAAUAAUUAAAUAUUUUUAUUUUCCUAUAACGUAAUAUCAAUUUUGAUAAUUGAUAUUAAUAAUCACGCUUUCAUGCACAACUUAGCAACCGGCUCACUGCUACGAUUAUGUAAUACGACUACAAAAUUGUAGCCAUUAGUGUAAUAAUCCAUAAAUCACAAU